ACUUUUAGAAAAUUCUAUCUAGGAGGUCGGUUUAGAAGGCCACUCUUAAUAGAAGGCCACCCUAAAAAGUUUGAUCCGACGGGACACAAGAGAAAGCCAUGCCCUUCUAUUCUGGGGGGGGGUUUACCUUUUAAUCUAGUUGUAAGCGGGCGCUGCAGCUAUUUUUGCAGCUAGAUUUUCUCGCUUACUUAAUCUUGCUUGGAGGGCUACUCUUAAAAUUCUCAAAUGGGACAUAUUUCAGUAUAUUUUAGAUUUUCUCAUAGCUGUUUCUUUGUUGUGGUAAAGGUAUUUUAUUUGUUUAUCGAUAACACAGUAAAUGAAUAUGGAGCAUUUCAGUAAGGAUGAGACACUAAUCCAAAAUUAAACUGUACAAAAAGCCCAAACGGCAGAAAUUUCUCGAUUUUAUAAACCUACAACAAAAUAUUUUCUGUUCUGUCGUGUGUCAAAUGAGCACAAAUAAAAGUGAACAGUUUUCCUUCAACCACUAAGUGUUUUAAGACCCUGUGAAUCCUUCUUUUAAUAGCUUUUAGUAGAAGUUUUUGAGUUCAUCUUUAUUUCUCCAUGCGUAUAGACAAGAUGUAUGAAUAUAAUAUUUGGAUUUUGGGAAUCUGCUGAGAAUAGGUAUGCAUCAGUAAAAUGAGACGUUUCACAGCUCUGUGUAAAUCAUGAUAACUGAUGUAUAGCAACUCUUCCGGAUGCCCCAACACCAGUUUUUAAAUGGUGCAUACCUAGUUGAGAAACGCACACGUUUUGAAAUCAAUUGUAUUAUUAUUGGUUAAGAUUUUGGUUAACUCUUCUUUCGGAAUUUAUAACCCGCAAAAAUGAGUGAGGUGAAUUUUUGUCAACCCAAUAAAAAAGUCGCAAAACAAUAUUUCUGUUUAAGUUUCUGUUCUGUGUACUAUAUAUAUAUAUAUAUGUUUAUUUUAGUUGAUCAAUUACGGCAUGGAUACAACAGUCGCUGUUACAAAGUCGUUGCCAUCGAAUCUACAAGAAGUCAAAAUUCAAACUAUCGAGAUCAUCUAUUCUAAGUUAGACGAUAAUCUAACAACAGUCGUUCCCACUGGUAUCAUUCUUCAUCAGAAUCAUACAAAACGAACGAAAUAUCAAAUCAAAAACAAUUCUGUUGAUCGUAGAGUAGAAAAGUUCUAUGUUGAUCACAGUGCUGAUCCAACUCUGGGGGGCUACAUCAUAACAAGCGCCGAAAACUGCAUCAAAUCUGUCAUGGGUUUUAGCCGUUUCCAACUGAGUUUGGACCCUCAGGAAGUUGUGGAAUUAAUUGUAACAGAGAAUGCAACAAGUUCAAAAUCGAUUGAUAAUCUGACGGAUCUAGAAAAGUUUUUGGAGAAACAAGCAAUCGAAUUACAACAGUUAAAUGUACUAGACAAAUCUACGAUGGAGAUCAUCAAACGCAUCGUAAAAUUCGAAUAUGUCUCAAUAGCACUCGAUUACAUGAUGAACCCCACCCACAUAACGGAAACACUAAUGCAUGAUUGGCAAACAAGGAAAGAAUUUUUGUCUGAAACAUUGAUGAACACGAUCAUGACAAUGUUAAACGUUCAACAUAACAUUACAGAGUUGAACCAACAAAUUCAAUAUAUGAAUGAAUACAUCAAAUCAAUCUUUACGAAUCAAGAACGAUUGAGAGAAAAUAUCAGAUCUUUGGAAAAGGUCAAUACGUCUGAUCUUCUAAAGCGAUAUUUGAAAGAUUUGAAUACGGAAGAAGAUGAUUUAGCUCAGACAAGAAAACAAAUAAAAAAGAUGGAAAGUGAAAAGAACACACUUCAGAAAAUUCUCAAAGAAAAACAGUGUGAACUGAUAAACGAAGCCAAAGAACAAAGGAAAAAGUUGCGUGUUUAG